AUAAAUUUGUCUCAAUUUAAUUAUGUAGGUAUCGUUCUGUGGAUUUGAUUAUUAUUAUCAAAUAAUGUCAGAAAUAAAACAUAUAUUUACUCAAUUGGAAAAUUUCCAACAAAAAGAUGGUCCUAAUAAAUUUAUAUCAAUGUUCAUUAAUGAGCAUACUAAAAACCAAGAUAAAAGUAAAGGAGAACCUGAUUUUGACAACUAUGUUCUAUUGAAAGAUCUUUUACAUAAAAUAUUCGAGGGAAUAGAUGAGCUAGCGACAGAAAUAAGAAAGGAUGAUACCCUAUUGAUAAGUGUUAAACAACAGAAAGUUCUAAGAACAUGCUUCCAGUUGGUAGCAUCGCUUGGUGUUUCAACAUGCCUUAUACCUGGACUAGGAAUUUCUAUUUCAAAAAGAUGCUCGUUUUCAAAUACAAUACCUUCCUUUAAUUUAACUCAAGAACAAAAAUAUUCAAUAUUAGUUGAUUGUACAGAUUUUAUUCACAGGUCAUAUGAAAUACCUGUCUAUAAAAACAUAAUAAUGACCUUACAUUUGUCUGACUACUUAGCAGCUCUAAUACAAUUGUCGUUUGCUCCGUUGAAGAAACCAGGAACAUAUAAGGACUUUGUCAUGACUGAAGAAAUGUACAAAACAUUGACUAAUGAUAGACAAAAGUAUCUAAAAAUCUAUGAUAAUUUAGUAAGUACCUGUUUCCAGCCUACACUCAUGAAAGAGUUGCUUGUAUUACAGAGUAUAACAGAUCCGACACCUCCGGCCUUUCUUCAGAGGGUAAUUUCAAAUGAGAUGAGUAAAAGAUUGUUGGCCUCAGGUGGAUUGUUAAGUUUGAUAAGAUGCUUCAUUGAAAGCUAUAAUGCUGAUACUGGUUGUGAAUGGAAAAAAAUUGAUAUGAUCUGCAGGAUAGUAUCAGUUGUGCAUAAAGGUUACUCUAAAACUGAUUACUUAAAAAACAUGUGUUCACAGUUGAAACAAGUUUUAUCCUUAAACAAUAGACAGUACUCAUCAACUGGUAUAGCAUGUUUACUUACACUAUAUGACAAGUACAAAGAUGAUAUAUCUGUUUCUGACUUGGUCAAAGGAACAUUCAACACAUUAAACUAUGAAACUAUGAUUUCUAACUCUAAACUACCUGGCACUCUUAUUUUUUCUCCACAAGAAAUAGAACAAAAAAUCAAUAUUCUACAUUCAUGUACAUAUUUGAAGAUAGAGUGGCCUGCGGAAUUAAUAAAACCUAAUAUUUAUGUAUUAUUCUUAAUUGGAGCAAAGUGUACAAAGAAUGUAGAUAUGCAAACAAAAGUAAAAGAGCUACUAUUGAGAUGUAUGGAACAAUUAAAUAAAGAGGAAGUUUCAAGUAUAAUAUAUAAAAUUUUAAUUGAACAAGAUCAUCUACAGUCAGCAGAUAUAUUGGUUGAAGAAUAUGAUGCUGGAGUCACUAUAAAAGCAAUUUCAGAGAAAGCUGUGUUAAAGAAAGACCAGUUACUUAUUUAUUUCUUGAAACUAUUUGAAGCUUCAGGUGAUAGUUUGUUUGUUGCCAAUGUCUUUGAGGUCUCUUUAUUGAUAGCUACAGAGUUAAAUAUACAGAGGAAAAAAAAGCCAAAUAAAGAUAUGCUGUUGGUAGAAGAUGAUGAUCCAGUAUUGAUUGAUAAAAUUGAUGAGCAAUAUGCCUUAAUAUUGCAGUUACUCUCUGAGAUAUCCGACACACCCAAAAUAACUAGGUCAUUAAAAAAGAAUCCUCUCAUUGUAGUUCAGUUUAUAGAAUAUUUCAUUGUCCAAAAUUACAAUUCAGAAGAAGAAUGCUCCACAGUCGCUUUAGUUCUUUUGAAUAUAAUUUUGUCAAAUGCUAUAAAGGGGGACAGUUUGCAAAGUACAUUGGAUCGACUGAAACCAGUGUUGGAGAAAAUAUCAAAAGAUGACUCUAAUUAUAACCAUUUGCUUGCCAAAGAAGCCCUGUCCUACAUCAACACUGGGAAUUGUGAGAAAAUAAAUUCCAAAUAUGAAAAAGCUGUGGCAGAUGUACUUGACUUCUUAUUACCUGUCAGAGCUCAUGGACUCAUUGAACUGACAAAGCUAAUAGAUUCUGCUGAUCCUGAGACUAUUUCUAAAAAGCAUUACAUAUUCUGCAUAUUUCAGGAACUACUCAAAGACAAUGACUCUUACAUUUAUCUAUCAGCUAUAAAUGGCUUAGCUUCACUGUGUAUCCAUUGUACUGAAGACGUCCUGCAUGUACUAUGUAAAGAAUUCCUAAAACAAGUUUCAGAACAAAAUCAAAUAGUCACUCAAGAAGUCGAAAACAAAAUAGCAGAAUUGAGAAUGAAAAUCGGUGAUGUUAUUGUUCAAGUAACAAAAAGGCUAGGUGAUAUGGCAAUAGUGCAUAAAACGGUACUCCUCAAUACAAUGCUGUGUGGAUGUCGAGAUGAUGAUCCACUAAUCAGAACAUCUGCUAUCUCCAAUUUAGCUGAAAUAGCGAGAGUCCUGCACUAUAAGAUGGGUACUAUUAUUUAUGAGGUUUUACUCUGUAUUUGGAAUAUCAUAGGAACCGACAACGCAGUAGAAUGCAGACGAGCCGCCGUCAUGGUGAUCGCCAAUUUAAUAAAGGGCCUCGGAAAAGAAACGCUACUUGAACUCAAAGAUAAUUUACUACCGAUUUAUAGGACAUUGAAAAAUGUAUACAGAGACGAAAAUGAGGAUCCGGUUUUGAGGCUCCACGCUCAGUUGGCCUUGGAAGAACUGAACGAUGUCGUUAAGGAUUUUCUAUUUCCAGAAAUAAAAAUGGAAAAACAAAUAUUUGUUAUCGAUCGACCGGACGUUGUGUAUAAAUAAAAAACCAACUUUGUACAUGUUUCUCUUUUAUUUUAAAUCAAACUUUUUUAACCUCACAUUUAGUGCUUGCUAUGUAGAAUGUUACAAUACGAUUAAAUUUCUAAACUCUUAUAAUAAGAUAAUUACCUACACUAUAAAUCUAAAAUUAUAUUAAUCAAUCGAGUAUUCAAAAACCUCAAUAGAAUGUUCAAGCAAACUAUUCAAGAUUUGACUACCCAAAAUAAGUCUUAUCCAUUUGAAAAUAGUCCCCUUAUCCAAUUUACCUAUGGCAAAUUUGUAAAAAAACAAUACUUAAUUCAGUGCAUCACAAAUACUAACUAAUACAGUAGAGUUAAACAGCAAACACAAAACCCAAAAAAUUAAAGGGACUAUUUAAGAGAGCCAUCCCUUGUUGACUCUUAUCUCGACACCUACAUGUAUACUGCGAGAAAAUAUCAAAGAAAGAGUGACUCCAUUGUGUCCACAGACACGUAUUCCCCGGUUACCUGGAUAAUGACAUUUUUUUGUUUUGCAAUAUGUGCUAUGCUUCUCUGCGAAAUUGUUUGAGAUUAUCCCAUCAUAUUGAUUUACCAUACCGCACCGGCAGCAGAGUUCAUAAAGCGUUUCUAAAAUAAAUUAUCUAUGGUUUAUCUUGAAUGUUAUGAUUUGUCUCUCAUGUUUGAUUCUGCUUCAUCUUUUGAUAGGCAGCAACUGGGCAUUGCCAAUGUACAUGACGGUGAUCAAUAAUCUUUUGAUGGGCCGUAUGUCUACAAAUGUAUGAAAAUAUCUAUCACCGUGAUUCGCUCGUCUUUCGCUAUUUACAGACAUUCAGCAAACGAAAUUUAUGUUGAAAAA